AUGUUGGAAUUUGUAAUUCAAGGAAAGGAAAUCAUUGUGUCCGUAAAGAUUACCCGAGAUGUACUUCAAAUUAAGGAUCAGCCUGGUCAUCCAACUGAAAUUUCUAUAGAGCAAAUCAAGAAGAUACUCAAUAAGAUGGGCUAUGAAAGAGUCUUCCCUCCUACUAUAAAGAAGUUGCUACCUCCAUACUUCCAUUUUCAUGCCCAUUGCUUUCUCAUAUGCAUCUCUGGCAGGAAGGAAGGUGCAGAUGAAAUCUCUUUGUUGAAUACCGGCGCCAUCUCAGCAUUAGUCAUCAAUCUUGAUUUCAGAUUCAGAAGAAACCUCAGAAAAUGA